ACCUAUAUGUAAAGUGGGCCUAUUUCUACAUAUUCAGUGUAGAUGCUUACUUUAGUUGUAUCUAAGGUACUGGUGAGUACAGAAAACUGUGUGUGUUGGUAAAGGAGACACUUGUGGAUCUUCUUGUGUGACCUCUUUCAAUGUGUUACUCUGUCUUGAGUCUUAGGUUGAGCUUCAAAAUACCAACGUCUCAUUGUGUUAACCCUGAUCUGUGUUAGACAAGAAGAAUUUGAAUCCACAAAGACCUCUCAGUGUGCAAAGACAUCCCAAAGGCAAUUAUUAAUGGAACAAAUUAUUAUUAUUAUUUUUUUUUUUCACCUGUCUUGUUUCCAACUCAAGAACCACCUAGAAAAUGCCUUUUAAAGAAUUGAUGCCACUAGGCUGUGUAAGGAGCUGACCAGGUCUCUGUUAAUGAAGAACACUAUCAGAUUCAUGCUGAAAUGUAAUUUGAAUGCAUGUGUUUCAUAAUUCCCCAUCUCAAACAGCUAAGGUAUAUGGAAAAGUGCCUUUCAUAUCUUAUUUGAAAGUAAAUUAACUCUCUUUCCUCCAGUAAAAUGAAGGUUCUGAAAUUCUUAAGUUUGGCAUGGAUGGGCUUUUGCAGAAGAAACCCUAAUCUGGGAAGGGCUGAGUGAUUCAUAGGGUCAAACUUCUUUGCUGCCAUGAAAGUCAAAAUGUAUAUAUAAACAGAUAGGUUGGUGGUACUACCCCAUAGGUAUUGGAAAUCACCUGCCUGUCUGCAGUUUUUUUUCUUGGCACUGGUAUUUUCCAGCUUUUGAGAAAGUCUCAUACUAAGAAAAGAGAUUGUCAUGAGUACCAAUGGGAAACUAGUUCAUGUUUUGCCUAGCAGAACUGAUUUGGAAAAUAGAAAGUGAGAAGAGAUCUGAUUCUACUCUGAUUUGUCAGACAAAAGCAGAUGCAAUACUGAUGAUAUCACUGAAGUUAAAAAUGGUUGAUAUCACAGUAUACAAUAAUGUGUUAAAACAUGCAAAGUUUCACAUACAGAAUAGUUUAAAUGACCAAGUUUAGCUCCCAAGAAGAAAUCCACCACUCCUGGAUCCCAGAAUGGGUGUACAGGUAUAACUUAUUAAGCCCUUUUAUAUAAAAGAGACAGGAGGUGUAGAGGAGAUUUCAUUUUCUGAACUGCUGUCCCCAGAUGAUUCACAAAUCUUUUCUGCAUAGGUCGUGCACCCAGACAGAACAACCAAAGGUCGUGUACUUGAUGUAUGCAAUCAAGUGGCGCAGAGGUACCAUCUGGAGGGGUUGGUGCUCAAACAAUCCUACCCAACAUGCUGAAGUCAACUUCUUGGAAAAUUGCUUCAAGCCCUUGUCAUCAGCUUCUUGCUCUAUCACCUGGGUCUUAUCUACUACCCCCUGUGGGAAGUGCUCCAAAAGAAUUCUGGAGUUCCUGAGGAUACACCCCAAUGUAACCCUGAAAAUAUUCGCAGCCAAGAUUUUCAAACAUCUGGAUAUUCGUAAUCGGCAAGGUCUCAGGAACCUGACAGAGAAAGGAGUCAUCAUACGUAUUAUGAGUCCUGCAGAUUACAGUUCCAGCUGGAAAAGAUUUGUUGCAUACCAACAUGGAGAAGAAGAUUAUUGGCCCUGGAAUUUCAUUCUGCACAUCCUUCUGAACUGCAUAGAGCUACACCGUAUCAUUUUGGGGCUUCCUCCAGUAUUAAACCUUGAAUACUAGCACCAGCAGCAUGCUUACAAGUUCACUUUGUGCACCACAGCACUACCUACAACACUGGAAAAGCCGAUUCUUGGCUGUCUUACUACAGUUUUGAAUGAUGAAGUUUCAUACUGUCACUAUAAAAGGCCUUUACACCCAGAAGGCUGGGCAUUGCUAAAUAUUGCUAAAUAUUGGACAGAGCAGAAGGAGCAUUUCCUGUGGACAAGAAAUUAUUGGGAAGUUCAGAUGAUGCGACCAGGCAACAAGGUUACAGUGCUCUGCAUCUUUAGAGUCCAGUGUGGAUGGGAAUCAUACCCCAGGAUGAAGUCUUUCAGGUCUGCUGAUUCUGCAGUCAGAUUCUAUGAAUACUAUCUUGAGAGGCCAGCAAAUAAUAUUUUUUUCAUGAUCAUUUGUUCUAUAGAUUUAAUCAGAGCAGAGCAUUGUUUUUGAGAAUUUCUUAUGAAGGUCACUUCCAUGACUGUGUGUGUAAAUUUCAGAAAAUACCUCAUGAUAUAACGUUACAAUUUUUCUUAUAUUAUGAUUAUAUUACUGCUUUUAUUACAAUAUAAUACAAUUAUAUUACAAAGUAUUUUAUAUAUAUAUAUAUAUAUUUAUGUAUUUAUUCUCCCUAUGUAGAAACAACAGAAUAAACGGAAAAUGUCAACUCAAGAAAUUUUGUCUUUCUC